UAGCGCAUUCACAGCAUGGCGCGUUUGGAUUGUUGUUGGAUUUUGUGGCUAGUCUUGUGGGUUUCGGGCGCUCACGUUUCCUCGGUGUCAGGGGAUUGGCGCGUGACUAAGAUAUGCGAUGGAGACAAGACGAUGAGGCUGAUAAUUGAUGGCUCUCCGACUGUUUAUAUCCAAAAAACGACAGGUGAUCUAGUUAAGGUGACCAAAAAUCUCCCAGGAAUCGGCUUCCGUUCUAUGUUUGGCUUCACUACACUAACGGUGUUCUUGUCUCCCUGGUACGGUUACGUGUCUGCAGAGUACUAUAAGUAUAAGUAUGUUGUGACCAUUGCAUUAGGACGUCCCAAUAAUUGGAAAACCUACACCUGUCCUUUAUAUGGUCCCCGACUUGUGAGUGCUGAGCGAUGCACAGUUGCAGAAAGCCAGAAGCUCCCUUGUGGAGGGUCUUCAUCCAUCACUCAGGCAGACUGUGUAGCCAACAACUGUUGCUACGAUUCGAGCAGCAGCACCAGUCCAUGCUACUAUGCCAAUGAUGUGACUGUGCAGUGUACCCAGGAUGGCCAGUUUGUGGUGGUGGUGUCAGAGAAUGUGACCCACCCUUCCCUGGAUCUUGGGUCCAUCCAGUUGGUGGACAGCAGUUCCCCCAGCUGCAGCCCUGUGACCAGCCUGUCCAGCUUUGUCAUGUACCAGUUUCCAGUCAGUGCCUGUGGUAGUACAGUUCAGCUGGCUGGUGGCAAUGUGACCUACCAGAACACCAUGUCUGCUGCCAUCACUGUGAGGACUGGUCCAGUAGGCUCCAUCACCAGGGACAGUGUCUUCAAGUUAUUCUUCCAGUGCACCUACUCGGGAAGCCAGGAUGUGCAAGUGGAGGCUGAGGUGUAUACUGUGGGGCCACCUCUUCCAGUAGUAGAGCAAGGGCCAUUUGACCUGGAAUUGGUCAUUGCAACAGAUUCCUCCUAUGGCUCCUACUAUGUGGAUGCUGACUACCCUGUGACCAAAACUCUGAGGGAUCCUGUGGCAGUGGAAGUGCACAUCAUGAACAGGACCGACCCUAACCUUGUGUUGACUCUUGGGGACUGCUGGGUCACCCCAGGACCUUCUGCUUCCAGCCAGCCCCAGUGGAGCCUUCUGGUGAAUGGAUGCCCAAACACAGGGGACAAUUAUUUGACCAACUUGGUGACUGUGGACAGCACAUCUGGCAUAGCCUACCCAAGUCAUUACAAGAGAUUUGUGUUUGAGAUGUUUGCUUUCGUGGAUCCAGUUACUCAGCAAGCCUUGGCUGAAAAGAUCUUCAUCUACUGUGUUGCUGCUGCCUGUUAUCCCUCUGCCGCAGACCCUGUACUGGAGCUGCCCUGCACGAACCUCUCUUCCCACUGGAUUCCUGGUGCUGGGAGCUGCAGCUGCCAUGUUGAUGGUGGUCCUGGUUUUGGCUGUAGUAGCUCUGAGGAGGUUGAACAGGCACAAUGUGAAUCUGAAAUUUUAAUAAAGGCUCUUCAUGAAUGGUUGGAAUCUACUCUUGUGUAA